GGUCGGGAGGUCACGCUGACCUGCCCCGAGCUGGGAAGCAUGGUGUACACCGUGGCAGGAACAGGACUGCCACCUGCGGAUCCCCAGCCAAUCGUCAAACUGGAAGCUGCGAUCGGAACCACGGAAACCGUCAUGAUUCCGUUCCGUAAUCCGGCAGAUGUUGCCGUCAUGGCAACUGUCGACGUCACCUGUGCGGACGAGGGCAGUUCACAAGCUUCACAGUUUAGAAAUCUGUUGAAGAGAAGGCACGAUCUGCGUGUGGACUCCUUCACAACGCUUCACAUACCGAUCAGCUUCACACCACAAACGAUGAAGCUUCAUCGAUCCACAUGUACCGUCAUUGCCACACGCUUAGAUGGAAAACCAUGGGAUGACACGGAUGGUGAGCGUGUCGAUGUUUUGAGGUUCAUCUACCCUGUGGAAGGCACGCCGCACCGCAGCAUUCCUGCGACGAUGCCAGCGACCCCGCGUUCCAGGGUCACGUGCGAGGCCCAAUCACACGUCGAGCAGACACUACAGGUCACGCUCGACUGCGUGGAGCCAGGUGAUUCAGGAUUCACGCCUCAUGGCGUGAGAGAGGACAGGGUAUUGGUUAAUUGGACGCAGGAGGUGCGUUGCGGUGGGUCUGGUGGUCCGGGGAAGCUGGCGGGUCAGGUGCACAUGAUUCGCGGCGUCGCCGCGAUUCCAGGCGAGCUUGACAGGGGUCGGGACGAGGAGAAUGAAGGAGACGCGCCUGAGGGAGGAGCUGCGACGCGGAGUGAGAGAGCAGCGUUCGGAGCGAGGAUCUGCCUCGGCGAUGGAGAAACGGGAGGCGUGAGCUCUGGCGAUGGGAAUGUGGAGGCGAGGAUUGAGUGGGAUGUUGACGGCUCCCUGAAGAUCUAG